CUGCACACUCCACUGCACUCUUUCUGUAUACUAAUCAUAAUGUCUAAACCAUCUUUGAAAAUCAAACUGAGGUUAUCGUCUCCUCUCGAUAGCAAAGUAUCCACACCGCAAUCCUCUUCAUCAAUAUCAUCUACAUCCAGUUCUCCAAAACAAAUGAAAUCAGAAUCACCGUCCAACGAACCUUUGUCAAAAAGAUCAAGGGUACGCUCCAAAAAGACAUCAAGUAUAUUACAGGGUGCUUCCAGCAAUACAAUAUCAGGUGAUACAUCUACAACCACCAAUCCAGGAGACGACCAAGGUCUACAGAAUACUAAUGCAAAUCGAUCUCAAGUAUCAAAGUCAAGUCCACGUAUUAGGGCCAUUUUUACACAUAAAGAUACUCCUACUCGCAAGUGGCAGAAACGUCCAUUGAAAUUUUAUACCUUAGGUGGCGGGGAAGUACAACUUCCUACUGGCUGUUGGAGAUCAGAUGAAGAUAUGAAACUCAACAAACGAACAACAGAACCAACUAGUGUAGCCGACAUUGAUCAACUAUUUGCAGUGGAAAAGGAUUUUCGACCAUUCUUAUGUACUCAUGUUGGCUGUUCAAAAUCUUUCACCUCAUUCGAUCUACUUCAAACUCACGAAACAAAUAUGCAUGGGAUCAAGAAAAUGGUAUGUGGUAUAGAUGGUUGUUCGAAAGGUUUUGCUACUUCUGGUCAAUUGACGAAACAUCGAAAAAUGGUCCAUUUCCGAGCUGCUCGCAAGGCCAAAAAACUCGCUGAAGCCGAAGCUGCUGCCUCAGCUGCUGCUGCUGAUUCUGCCAACACUACUGCUAAUGGUGAUAAUGCUGAUACUCCCAUGACUACCUCCUCUACUCAAGCAAUGGAUGAAGAUUUUUCUUGACUCUACUCUUUUUGAUCACUUAUCUAAUAUUUGUUUCCUGUUCUCCUUUUUUAUAUACAUUAGUCUCCCUGUCCCUUCCGUUCUCUUUGAUUCAAUCUCAUAAAAUAAUAAUAAAAAAAAAAAC